AACAGAAUCUAUUCUGUCACCAGUGACUCUAAGUAAGCCGUGGUUCCUGACGAGAAAGGGAACCUCCUUAUGAUGUUACUGUGCUUAGGGCGGGGGUCUUCCUCACAUUUUAAGUCCAUGGUUCACCAUAACCCUCAGUCACAUUCUAUGACACAUUAUUGACACCUUAUGUGCGGCGCACAGGGACACAAUCGGUCUGCUUGACCACUCGUUUCAUUGGUGGCAGUGUUAAACCUAGCCAUCCUCCUCCAUUAAACACACAAAACAAUAUGAGCGUUUUAUUUAUUAGGCUACUAAGCUGACGUUUGCGACUCGUUUUCUUGACAAACCGCAUGCAGAUGCGUGGCGUUGGGUGUGUAAAUAAUUUGAAAGUAAAAACCGCAGGAGUGCAGGAAAACAUUUAAAUAUGCCGUAUUUCACCGUUAGAUGUAAGUGCAUCAUGAAUCAGUGACAUCCAGAGGAUUUACGCGACCACCGCCACAGCUCGCGAGAGACACGCAUGCGCAUUGUCAAAAAACAGCCGGUCUUUAAAAAAUCCUUACGCCAACGGAUGUAAUCAAGGCAAAGUAUAUCUCUUAUCUCUGGGCAUACAUGGUGAAAUUCCCAUGGGAUCAGAGCGGAUGGAGAUGCGAAAGAGGCAGAUGUCGGUGCAGCAGGAAUCGGUGGCGGGCACCACAGCACCGGUGCAGAACGAGCAGCCCGGCCAGGGGAACCGUGGCUCCAAUGCCUGCUGCUUCUGUUGGUGCUGUUGCUGCAGCUGCUCCUGUCUCACUGUUAGGAAUGAAGACAGAGAUGAGAGGAAUCGGAGAGCCUCGUAUGAUUUUAAAGCAGAGGGGAAUGCAGAUUUUGAGGAAAGUACGAAACCGACUGCAGAGGAGGUCUGCUUGUGGGGGCAAUCUUUCGACAAACUGAUGCAAUGCCCCGCUGGAAGAAGUGCCUUCCGGCAGUUUCUGCGCACCGAAUUCAGUGAGGAAAACAUGCUCUUCUGGUUGGCCUGCGAGGAAUUCAGUAAGGAAACCAAUAAGAGCCUCAUCGAGGAGAAGGCACGAAUAAUAUAUGAAGACUACAUCUCUAUCCUCUCACCCAAAGAGGUGAGCCUCGACUCUAGAGUUCGAGAGGUUAUAAACAGGAACAUGCUGGAGCCAACAUCCCACACGUUUGACGAUGCCCAGCUCCAGAUAUUCACACUAAUGCAAAGAGACUCGUAUCCGCGAUUCAUGAACUCGUCGGUAUACAAAAACCUGCUUAAGACAGUCUCUGAGCAGUCGGUGGAAACUUAGAUCUCUGUGAUCCCGGUCGAAUGCCCCCUCCCUAUCUUUUGCCCGUUACCUUUUCUUGUGUAGAAUAUGUUUAAAAGGACCCCAGCAUGGGUUCUCCCAGGGAUUUUACCGCUAUAGCGAUCUGUACCUGAAAAAAGACGCUCAGGUCUCCAGGUCACUGGAUUUUUAAAAAAUGUCUCAAAUUUCCCGAGGGCUCAACGUAAGUACUCUACAAGUACUGCUACAGAUCAGCAUAGCAAACGAUGCUCCAAAGGAUUAUCAGUGCGUUUCGGUGUUUUUAAGAAAAAUAAUCGAUUUUAUUUGUGUUGGCAGUUUUUUUUUAAAAAUUGUUUUUAAUUAAUUUUUUUGUAUUAAUGUUUGAAGGAAGAUGUGAUACCAAUCGUGGGCUAUAUACAGUAGAUAUAUUUAUGAAUUUGUAUUACAGUUCUUCAAUCUUUUUUUUCUUGUGUUACACUAUUUAAAGAAAAGGGAAUUAUGGGUAACAAGAAUUGCCCGUUUAUGAAAAAUGCGUAUGAGAAUCAAAGCUCGAGUCAAGGCAACGCUUCAGCUCUACUCACGGGACGCCCCCGUUGUAAACAGUAUUGUUACAGCUACUUUAUCAAAUAACCCCUGUUAUAAUUAAUUAAUUUGCUGUAAAGUUGCUUUGCAACGAUUUGUAUCGUAAAAAGCGCUAUACAAACAAACUUGAAUUGAAUUGAAUAAUGACUUGGCAUCUCCAAUGAGAAAUCAUCAUUAUCAGAAAUAAAGAGAAAAACUAAAAAUUAUAAUUAAAGAGAAAAAAUAUAUUGUAAGGGGGAAACAUUUAAAUGAGUAUUUCAAAUCAAAUAGCAUAUCUCAGACAGCUUAGUUCAGUUAUUUCCCCUGCCUUUUGUACUGCUAGAAAAUAUCAAAAAUGUAUUUACAUAAGUAUCAUCUAUCCAUAAGUGUUUUUCUGUAUCAUAGCAUUCAUUGAUUCAACUAAGAGUUGGUUGGACAUGGCAACUAUUCCUUGCAUGUACUCAACCCAAAGACGCUACGAAGACUGAAAGCCUCAUCAGUGUACAGUAUAUAGAGGUAGUAAUAUUUAUACGAAUGACCUCGGAUAGAAGAGAUUUAACAUGCAGGUAUUAUAUUACAGUAUCAAAUGUGUUUUAGAUCUAAACAUGAGCCCUGAAAGGAAAGGUGCAGGUUUUAUUGCUAAGACCCUCAUAAGUAGAUGACACCAAAGUAGCCAAGUCCAGUAAAACUGUGCGAUUAGCUUUCUCUCCAAUACAACUGACUAGAAUUGGAGCUGCCAAGUUCGUACUGUAUUUUUAGUUCUGUGAAUUACUUUGUUGCCUGAAUUUCAUGUCGCUCAAAGACAAGAUCCUCACUCGGGGAAGUGCCUUGACAUUCAAUUUUGUGACAUCUCUUUUUUGGCAAUAGUUGAUUUAAACUCUUGCCACAUACAGUACGUAGACUCUGGGCUUUUGAUCAUUCAUGAGAUGACUUGUCCUGCACGGUGGUAACUUCUGAAUUGAGCUAUUGCACUUUGUUUGCCUCUAGUUUUGGAGCGAAAAACACCAUUGGUUUUGGGUGACCGUGAUUUCACCAAGUACAACAUGUUCCCCGAUCAACAUCCUUGUUGAUC